AUGUCAGAGGACUGGGAAUCCGUCACCAAGAUCGGCAGCAAGACCCGCGGCCCUGGCGCCCAGCAGCGUGAGACGGUGGUCCGGGGCAAGGCGGCCUUGAACGCCGCACAGCGGAGCGGCGGCAUCGUUGCUACGGAGAAGAAGUUUGCUACUGCGAACCAGAAACCAGCAGUAGAAGGCCAGCACCUCACGAAAGUGGACCGCUCCGACGAAAUCAUCAAGCCCAAGACCGUGGGCACGAAAGUCGGCGACGCGAUCAAAGCGGCGCGGGCCAACGCCAAGAACGACAAAGGCACCACCAUGACCCAGAAGGACUUGGCGACAAAGUGCAACACGACGCCCACCAUCGUCGCCGACUUUGAGCGCGGCUCCGCGCCGCCGGAUCAGAAGCUGCUGGGCACCAUGGAGAGGGUGCUGAAUGUUGUGCUGAGGGGGGAUAAGAUCGGGGAGCCUAAGUUUGCGAAGAAGUCGUGA